GGCAGGGGUGGACCCCUUCUGGAAGGUUCUGAGGCAGGGUAUAAGAGACGGGGCGGCGGGCGGAAACCGGUCUCAUUGGACGCACCGGCAGCAUCUCAGAUUGCUGACUUCUUCAGCAGAGCCGGCCCUACGCUUUUACAACCAUGUCUAAGGGACCUGCAGUUGGCAUUGAUCUUGGCACCACCUAUUCUUGUGUGGGUGUCUUCCAGCACGGAAAGGUGGAAAUAAUUGCCAAUGAUCAGGGGAACCGAACCACCCCAAGCUAUGUCGCCUUUACUGAUACCGAACGAUUAAUCGGUGAUGCUGCAAAGAACCAGGUCGCAAUGAAUCCCACCAACACGGUUUUUGAUGCCAAACGACUUAUUGGACGAAGAUUUGAUGAUGCUGUUGUCCAGUCUGAUAUGAAACAUUGGCCCUUCAUGGUUGUGAAUGAUGCUGGCAGGCCUAAGGUUCAAGUAGAAUACAAGGGAGAGACAAAGAGUUUUUAUCCAGAAGAGGUGUCAUCCAUGGUCCUGACCAAGAUGAAGGAAAUCGCAGAAGCCUACCUUGGGAAGACUGUUACCAACGCUGUUGUCACAGUACCUGCCUACUUUAAUGACUCUCAGCGUCAGGCUACCAAAGAUGCUGGAACUAUUGCUGGUCUCAACGUACUUCGAAUCAUCAAUGAGCCAACUGCUGCUGCUAUUGCCUAUGGCUUAGACAAAAAGGUUGGAGCAGAAAGAAAUGUGCUGAUCUUUGAUCUAGGUGGUGGCACUUUUGAUGUGUCAAUCCUCACUAUUGAGGAUGGAAUCUUUGAGGUCAAAUCUACAGCUGGAGAUACUCACUUGGGUGGAGAAGACUUUGACAACCGCAUGGUCAACCAUUUUAUUGCAGAGUUCAAGCGCAAACACAAGAAGGAUAUCAGUGAGAACAAGAGGGCUGUCCGUCGUCUCCGUACUGCUUGUGAGCGUGCUAAGCGCACACUCUCUUCCAGCACCCAGGCCAGUAUUGAGAUUGAUUCCCUCUAUGAAGGAAUCGACUUCUAUACCUCUAUUACCCGUGCCCGAUUUGAAGAAUUGAAUGCUGACUUGUUCCGUGGCACCCUGGACCCUGUGGAGAAAGCCCUUCGGGAUGCCAAGCUGGACAAGUCCCAGAUCCACGAUAUUGUUUUGGUUGGUGGCUCAACCCGCAUCCCCAAGAUUCAGAAACUUCUCCAGGACUUCUUCAACGGGAAAGAACUGAAUAAGAGCAUCAACCCUGAUGAGGCUGUUGCGUACGGUGCAGCUGUUCAGGCAGCCAUUUUGUCUGGAGACAAAUCUGAAAAUGUUCAAGACUUGCUGCUGUUGGAUGUCACUCCUCUUUCCCUUGGAAUUGAAACUGCUGGUGGAGUCAUGACUGUCCUCAUCAAGCGCAAUACCACCAUUCCUACCAAGCAGACGCAGACUUUCACCACCUACUCUGACAACCAGCCUGGUGUGCUCAUUCAGGUUUAUGAAGGUGAGCGUGCCAUGACCAAGGAUAACAACCUGCUUGGCAAGUUUGAACUCACAGGCAUACCUCCUGCCCCACGUGGUGUUCCUCAGAUUGAAGUCACUUUUGAUAUUGAUGCCAAUGGCAUUCUCAAUGUCUCUGCUGUGGAUAAGAGCACAGGAAAAGAGAACAAGAUUACCAUCACUAAUGAUAAGGGCCGCUUGAGCAAGGAAGACAUUGAACGCAUGGUUCAAGAAGCAGAGAAGUACAAAGCUGAAGAUGAGAAGCAGCGGGAUAAGGUGUCAUCAAAGAAUUCACUUGAAUCCUAUGCCUUCAACAUGAAAGCUACUGUUGAGGAUGAGAAACUUCAGGGCAAGAUUAAUGAUGAAGACAAACAGAAGAUUCUUGACAAGUGUAAUGAAAUAAUCAACUGGCUGGAUAAGAACCAGACUGCAGAGAAGGAGGAAUUUGAACAUCAGCAGAAGGAGCUGGAAAAAGUCUGCAACCCCAUCAUUACCAAGCUAUACCAGAGCGCAGGAGGCAUGCCUGGAGGAAUGCCAGGAGGAAUGCCUGGGGGCUUCCCUGGUGGUGGAGCUCCUCCAUCAGGUGGUGCCUCCUCUGGGCCCACUAUUGAAGAGGUUGAUUAGGCAAGCCUAGCAUAGAUCUAGCAUUGUUCCACACAAAACAUGGAAGGACCCAAAUUUGUAGCAAAUCCCGUGGCAGUUAUGAAGUUGAGCUGCUAUAGUAAAUAACUGGGCAUUCUUGAUACUUGAACAUGGAAUGUGUGUGCACAUGGAAAAACAUUGCACUUUACAAGCACUGUAUUGUAAGUGGAAAAAUGCAAUGUCUUAAAUAAAACUGUAUUUAAAAUUGGCACCAUAAAGUUGUCUGACUCUGCUUACAAGGGUAGUGUUUGGCUUUGGAAAUUAUUUCUCUGGCUAAAGAUUAUAACAGUAUAUUAUUAGAUUGUUCAACCUAAAUGAAUGCUUAAAGACUUUGAAUUAAGGUAAAGUGGGAAAACAAACAUUUCCAUCAGUAUACUCUGACAUAGUCUGUACUCUUGACAGUGCUAAGUCUGUUACUACUGAUGCAGUUUGAACUGUAGAUAGUGAUGCUUUGUGGUGUCGUAGGUUGGGAACAGGCAGCUCAAAUGUUCAGUAAAUCUUGUGGUUGACACACUUUAGAGAACAUUGAGGCAAAAACUGGGCAAGGAAAUGAGUAACAGGUAACAAUCUCUGCAACUAGACCAUCUUGCUGUGAAGUCCUGUUAAUCUACUGGCAGAGGCUUUUCUGUUUCCCAACUUGAGGCUUAGGAGUUGGGUGUUACGAAGCUGGCUGUUAGGGUUGGCAUAGUGAGGGCCUUUUGCCCAUCAUGUAAUCCAGUUUGAGAAAUGGAGCAUCUAAUUCUGAUUUCAUUUUAAAUCAUAGCCAGCCUUAACUCAGGAACUUGAGAGGCAGAAGCUGAUUCUGAACAGUUGUGCUUAUCAAGCCUAAUUACACUGGAUUGCUUUUAGGUAAGCUUUCUUGGGGAUGGAGACCUCAGUAUACCUUGGCUGUUAAGCUUGAGUUGACAGAAUCAAACGAAUGUUGGGCUAUGGGUCUAAGGUCUUGCAUCUGGGAAUGUGAAUCCUGUAAAGUCAUCAUUGUGAGUUAAUAUGGGUGUUCCACAUUUGCAACCCCAUGGACUAUGUCCCACUAGGUUUCUCUGUCCUUGGGAUUUUCCAGGCAAGAGUACUGGAGUGGGUUGCUGUGCCCUUAUUAGGGUACCUUAACUGGCCUGGGGAUGGAGCCCAUGUCUCUUAGGUCUCCUGCGUUGGCAGGUGGAUUCUGUAACCACUAGCACCAUCCAUGUGCUCGUGAUUCCUGCUUGACACCAGUCUGCCAUCUAGUGGUCGUUUAGGAAAAACUAGGCCAGGGAUGGUGGUCCAGGUCAGUUUAAGCUCAAAGUGACCAAUGGGUGAAGGCAAUGGCACCCCACUCCAGUACUCUCUUGCCUGGAAAGUCCCAUGGACAGAGGAGCCUGGCAGGCUGCAGUCCGUGAGGUCACUGAGUCGGUCACAACUGAGUGACUUCACUUUGAUUUUUCACAUUCGAGAAGGAAAUGGCAACCCGCUCCAGUCUUUUGCCUGGAGGAUCCCAGGGACCGGCACCCUGGUGGGUUGCUGUCUAUGGGGUCACACAGUUGGACAUGACUGAAGCAACUUAGCAAUAGAGUGACCAAUAACCCCAGGCUGCCUCAGGUCUCUAGCUUGUGUAGUUUUUGGUUCUUCAGUGACCCAACUAACAUAGUUUGGAGUUCAAAAUAAUGUUUCUGCUUUAAAGUGUUUUAUUUUCGGGUUAGUGGGUAUAGCCAGGAGGCUGUCAUUGGUAAAACAGUUGAAGUUUAGUGAGAAAAGAGUUCAGUGAAAAAUUGGCUAUUUUGUGACUUAGGUGUUAAUGUUCGACAUUGCUCCAGGAAGUUUGAGCCAGCAGUUCAUGAAGGUGACCUGGGUUUGGUGCAAACACUAUGGGGCAGUUUUGGAUUUUUGGUUUUUUUUUUUUUUUGAGACCACUCAGUAGUUUUGUUUGUAAUCUUGGUGAGAAAAUUGGAGAUGAAAUGUGAUAGUGAAGCACAAGACCUAGCCCGGUCAAAGGUUAUCAGUGGUAGCUAUUACUACAAGUUGAACAAAAUACAUGUUUUCAAUGAGACAAAUAAAAUGCACUAUUUCCAUUACACAGAUGGAGGAAAUGAUGCAUUGCAGGGCUUGUAUAAUAGGGUUUGGCAGAAGCUAGGGAUUACCUCGGAGAAGGCAAUGGCAACCCAAUCCAGUAUUCUUGCCUGGAAAAUCCUCUGGACCGAGGAGCCUGGUAGGCUGUGGUCCAUGGGGUCGCUAAGAGUUGGACACGACUGAGCGACUUCACUUUCACUUUUCACUUUAUUAGCUAAGGAAAUGGCAACCCACUCCAGUGUUCUUGCCUGGAGAAUCCCAUGGACUAGGGAGCCUGGUGGGCUGCCGUCUAUGGGGUCGCACAGAGUCGGCCACGACUGAAGCGAUUUAGCAGUAGCAGCAGCAGGGAUUACCUAUUUGCUAGUUAUACUGGUUUCUCUGUAUUUAGUCUGAAAAGAAUGCGUAUGAGGACUCUUGAGAAAAGAGGUUGAGUAAACUUGAAUUACACAGGGUGAAGAGAGCCAGUCAGGCAUUUAAGUACUGGGUAGACUUUAUUCUAGAACUCUGCUCUUGCAUACCAGUGUAUUGGCACUGGCUCAUUUUAGUGUAGAGCUGGACUUCACGUUUACUGAGAAUUUUUUUUUUUGUUUAAAGCAAGGGAGUUUGUAAUCUGAGAAAAGUUGGAGUUAUGUAUCCAGGUGGCACUAGUGGUAAUCUGCCUGCCAGUGCAGGAGAUGGAGAGGUGCAGGUUUGAUCUCUGGGUCAGGAAGGUCUGGAUGAAGGCAUGGCAACCCACUCCAGUAUUCUUGCCUGGAGAAUGACAGGCUGGCUACAGUCUGUAGGGUUGCAAAGAGUCGGAUACCACUGAAUAGAUUUGGCAUGCACUUAAUGAUUUUGGUUCCAAUGUUCAUCAGAUACUUUAAAAGUUCCUUGUUAGGUGUUUCCCCCCUCGCCCCAGUCUUUGGUGUUCAAACUUGGACACUUUUGCAGGAAGUUGAAGUAAUUUGAGGUUUUGAGAAACCCAAUGACUGAAGUCAAUUUUUGUCUUUUACUUUGCGUUAGUGUUUUUCAAUUUCUUGCUGUGGGCAAAGCCCUGAGAGCAGUAGAUGCAGAAGCUGAUAAAGGUGUGUUCCAGCCUUAUAAACGUCUAGAGUAGCAGCAGAGACUGCCAUGCACAAGAUGAAGACAUUUACAAGGUGGCAUCCUUAUUGUGGGAAGACACUAGCAAUGUGUAUAAAUUAGGUUGUUUAUUACAGCUUAGGAAAAGAUGUGGAGAAGGCAGCCAUAAGAACAGCAUUUUUUCAUUCAGUUUAGAUGAAGCUAAGUGGUUUCCAUUUAAUCUUACCUUAUUUGAUUAUCUUUUAACAACCGUAGAACGACUGUUGGGUCGUCUGGCUGUGCAUGUGUAAGUCUACAGGAUGACCAAAGCACCUUUACUUCUGUGUGGAUUAUUGUAAUGUGGUUAUAAAGAGUCAUGCCUCUGGAUGCCUGGCUUUUAAAUUUUGCACAGGGGGCCAUUGACUUGGGAAGAGAGCAAAAAGUUCAGGGUCCCUCAAUCUCUAUGUCCACUUUUAAGAGUUACAUGCUCUUAGCAGCUGGACUCAACUAACACUUAACAAUGUUAUGGUUGUGUUUAGAAAUGUAUUUUUUUUUUUUUUUUAGAAAUGUAUUUUUAUUACUCUAGUUGAGUAACGGUAAUUGUACUUAUAAACUACUAAGAAAUAAUUUUUGUCUUUAAAAGCCACAGCCAUACAUUUACUCCCGAAAAUACUACUGCAGUCUUUGUGUACUUAAAAUGUACUAUAAAGAAAAUGAUGCCUGCAAACAAUGCUUUGCUCCAACAAUACUGGGUAUUUGAUUGAACAGUAUUGCUGUACAAUAUACCUUCAGAGAAAAAAUAGCCUUUUCAGUUCUGUUAAGAUGGAAUGGAGUUGGUGAGGGAGAGGGAGUCCUGGCAUGCUGCAGUCCACGGGGUUGCAGAGUCAGACACGACUAUGCAACUGAACAACAACCAGGUGGAAUGGAGUGAUUGGUGGGACAGACUGGAAAGGUGGAGGGUUUUCCUUUCAGUAGUCUAUGUAUGGCUGUAAGGACAUCUUUAUCCACUAGAUGGCAGUAAGCAAUUUAGAAAAUGACAGCUGAGGGAGGCUGCUGGAACAUUUGCACUUAGGUUUGUGCUUUUUGUUUGUUUCACAAGUUGCCUAACUGGAAGCACAGUAAAUGCUGAGGAAGGAAGUCAGCCUCAAAUGUUCACAUUCACGUUCCAGGCAAAGCAUUCCCAGCUGAGUAAGUUGAACAGGUGCCCUGAUGGGAUGUAUGGGUUUAAGUAGAGAUUUUAGGGUAACUUGAGACAGGUAGGUCAGAUACAGAGCUUUGAAAUGUGCAGGGAUGAAGGGAAAAAAGGGGAGUCUCCGUUGGAAGAGAAAAUAGUCUUUUCCUGAUCCUUUCAUGGUCCAUUUUUCCAAGUUUAAAGUGUUAAUGUUACUUCCCUCAUCACCCUUGACUCUGACUCCUUAGACUCUCAGUACCUGUAUGAAAUGUUUGAAUUCCUCACUAAACUCAAGCUCAUGAAUGAAUGUAAGAAUAUCCACACACUCCCGUAUAAUGUCUGGCACAUUGUAUAAGCAUGUAAUAGCAAAUGAGAAGGGGUGGGGCAGGUACCCAAGAGGUGAGUGGUAGAAUAUGUUCUCUUUGGGCUUUAUGAUGGUUUGGUCAUGGCUCUUGGAGUGGUGAGAGGCUGGCUGGGUUCAGACUCCCUACAGAUCUUUGCUACAGUUGCUUAUUGCAGAGCUGGGGAGCCAAAUUAGGGCUGCAUGAGGUGAGGAAACAAUCAAGCCUGGAAGAGCUCUAGCCAAAGGAGACUUGGCAGUAACAGAGUUGUCGAUCUUUGUCCUAAGGAAGGGACCGCUUGCUCCCUUUAGAUUGCUUCUGAGAUCUGGGUGAUAUGGGGAGUGAGUGUGCUGAGCAGUAUGAGGACAGGCAGGGCUUGCCAGGAAGACUGAGACCUGUCCUAAUAAGCUGAGCUAUAGUUCAUAGGAUGUAGCCAACCCAAGGGCCCUAAGGAAAAGACUGUGGAUCUUCUUGACCUUGGAUUAGACACAAAACAACAAGCAACAAAAGAAAACAGAUAUGUUGGACUUCAUAAAAACUAAAAAUGUGCUUAAAAUGACACCAUCAAUAAAAUGAAGAAAGGCAACCCAGAGAAUUGGGGAAAA